CGUCGACCUCGGAGAGAGCCCAGAAGAGCCUCUCACAUGGUCGUUUUACCUACAAAAUGCAAUAAUUGAUGAAUUGUUCAAUGCACAACCUUAUUUCUUGGCUGGCACCAUGGAUAACUGCCCAAGUAAGCCCAGGAAGACCGAACGUGCGUGCAAGCCUUGUCGUGACCUGAAAGUUAGGUGCCUGCCUUCUUCAGACGGCGGGAAUAUCUGCCAGAAAUGCCAGAGGUCAGGUGCAUGCUGUGUAUUUGAGGAGCUAAAGCAGCGGAAGAAGCGGAAGGCACCUGAUGACCCCACUACUGUCGAAGCCUUGGAGGCAAAGCUAUCAGAAUUGGCUAGGCAGCUAGAGGCGAGCAACGCCCAGCUCCAGUCACUUCAGGGUUCGACUUGUGAGAAUCUCAGUCCGGAUAAUCCGAGUUUAAGCAGCUAUACUGCGCCAAUCGCAUCAAGUUCCUCGAGCACCCAGGUAGCGGACAGUGGUUCUGUUGAUCAGGACGAGCACGUUAUUGAGCAGCUCUUCGGGUGUGGUAUUCUUACCACAUGCACCGCCGGUGCGUACUUAUUAAAGUACCGAGAAAUGUGCCAAUACUCCCCAUUUGUUGUGGUACCAGAAGGGGCCACAAUUGAGUCACUGAGGCAAGACCAUCCGUUUCUCUUACACGCGGUGCUUGCUGCAGCAUCCCGUGAGAACCCAGAUUUGCAGAGUACGCUUGAGAGAAGCCUCCGGGAACGGCUGCUGAGAACAGUCAUGAUUGAAGGAGACAAAAGUAUUGAUCUGCUACAAGCCAUUCUUAUCUAUCUCACCUGGGAACACUUUUUCCACUUCCCGAAGAAACGACUCUUCAAUCAGCUUCUUCAUGUUGCUAUUAGCAUCUGCAUCGAUAUGGGACUUGAUCUCGGGCCUUGUGAGGCCAGUGCUAGAAAGGCUGGCCUGCAGUUAGAUCAUCAUUCCUCAGCUGGCGGGGCACCAGAUGAUAUAUUCUUUAGCAGAGCAGCCAGAAGAGCGUAUAUCGGGUGCUACUACCUCUCCUCGGCCUCGGCGUGGGUAUGGCGAAAACCAAACAAUAUUCACUAUACCGAAUACAUGAUGCAAUGCGCCCAAUCUCUAUCAAAAGACCCAGAAUACGAGACAGAUGCUCUUAUACUGCCGCUUCUUCAAACCCAGCUUCUCGGCGACGAAUUUCAUGAUCUACUCUUACCCACCAAUAUUGAUUACUCAUGCUCAUCCAGCUCAGAACAAGUCCAAACACAUCUGAAAACGUUCCGAGCAAAGCUAGACGAAUUACUGCCCAACGAACCUUCAGAUUGCUUGCCGACAACCCUUGCAUCUUGUCUUGCGACCUUGCAUGCCUAUGAAAUGGACAUGCUAAGUAAAGGUAUGGUAAACAAGGAGAGUCUAGGUGGCUUGAAUGCGGCCCCCACGUCCAGUCAACUCGACGUGAUAAUGGCCUGCCUCGACUCCGCGCGAUGCUACGUAGAGACAUUCCUUUCAUUCUCCCUCUCCGAGUAUCCAAAGCUUGCCGUGCCUCAAUGGUGGGGUUUGAUAGGCAGUGUCUAUAUUCUCUACGUUUUAUCAAUAGGCACCCCGCAGCUCCCUCUCUGGGACGUGUGCGUUGCAAGAGAUAAAGUCAAACUAGAAAUCUACCUCGACCUGCUUUGCUACCGUAUGCAAAGCAUUACUGGUUCGACUGCAGAAGCUCCCGCUGGACGGGAUCUGUUUUCGCUGAUGGGGCCUAUAUUCGCGAAUGUCAAGACGUCUUAUGAACGGCUUAAGAAACUGCCUCAGAGUGCCAGCUCGGUUGAUGGGGAACCUGUCCAUGGGACGGCGUUUGAGAGCGAAGCUAAGCCUUGUAAUAAACGGAUAAAACCCGGUCGGUGUCCAGUAUUUCCGUUCUGGUCAAGGACGCAAAGCGUCGCCAGCCCCCCUAUCGAAGCACCAAACGAUCUUUUCGCAGCGUUUGAAUCGACAGAUCCCAAUACGGAUUGCUUUCAGGAUUGUUCAUGGCUCGAAGACAUGACCAGCGUGGACGCGAACCUGGGCUGUAACUCAAGUAACUGGAAUUUCGACGGGUCAUGAUAGGACUUCUGCGUACGAGGUAGUUAACGUAGCUCCUCAGGCAGCGGAGUCAGAGCAAAUAUCAAGAAAACCAGUAAAAAUCUGAACAAAAACUGUAAAUGCUAAAAAACGCGUCGAGCUAUCUACAUUCAAACUCUCCCAGGCUCAGCACCUAGCCCUCAAUAUAAACAUAACCCUCAAUAUAAACAUAACCGUCUCCAUCUACUUCAACUCCACCCCCGCCUUAACAGCCGCAACAAUAGCAUCACAGCUCGUCUUCGCAUCCCCAAACAACAUGCGAUUAUUCGGCUUAUAAAACAUCGGAUUCGGCACAUCCGCAUACCCACUCCCCAUCCCCCUCUUCAUCACAAUCGUAUUCCGACUCUUCCACGCAUGCAGCACCGGCAUCCCCGCAAUCGGACUAUCCUUCUCCAGCGCGAUCGGAUUCACCGUGUCGUUCGCCCCAAUCACGAUAGUCAGAUCCGUGUCGUUGAAAUCGUCGUUGAUCUCGUCCAUCUCCAGCACCACGUCGUAGGGCACGCUCGCCUCGGCGAGAAGGACGUUGCAUUGUCCCGGCAUGCGGCCCGCGACGGGGUGGAUAGCAAAGCGGAC